AAAGCAACGCUUUAUUUAGAAGGGAAAGCAACGCACUAACGAAACCAUCAACAACACCCAAACCAGAAAAAUACCAAACGCCCAAUCGCCAUUCAACCCACCAAACACUUUCCGAAAUCUUUUGAUUUCUCACCGACCCAAACCAUUCGACAAAUAACCAGAUCGGAUCGAUCUCUGUCUAUCUCUCUCCUCGAUCAAACGCUUCAUCAAUCUCUCUACGACCUCAGGUUGUAUUCCGGUGUUUGUAUUAAUUGGAGUUGUGUACUUGACAUUGAAUUUGGGUGGGUUAGUCGGAAAUUGAUUGAUUUUGUGGUUGGUGUUUUGGAUAGGAAGGGUCUAGUUUGAUAUCUUUGGAUUAGUACAUUUUCAGUUCAUUCAGACAAGCUUUGUAAGUUCUGAAGUAAAUUUGUUGGCUGUUGGGUGGUUGGGAGGGUUGGAGUGUAGAUGGCUCUGACCUCAAGCAGGAAAUGAGAUGAACGAGAGUGAUUCAGAUACAGAAAAGGAUAAGAUCACUGAACAUAACUACAGUCAGAAACGAAGUCAAGGGUCAAGUCUUCCGAGGGAACCUUCUUUCUCGGGUUGGUGUGAUGAAGAUGGGGUAUUCCAUACAGAUGACCAAUUAGAAAAUGUGGAUCUAAUAGAGGACUUCCACUUUGAAUUGCCUUUGCUACAACAAGGUGGGUUAGAAAAGGGUCAUUUAGACGGGGAGAUGAAUGGUGAAAAUGAUAAGGAUGGUGUUCCAACUCAUGAUGUGAGAAAUGCAAAUGGAAAGUAUGUGGCUUUUGAUAUUGAAAAUGUGUCUGAAAGAGAGCAAAAUUUCUCAAAUCUUGGAGAAAAUGGCUCCAAUUCUAUGGAUAACCAUGGAGCAUCUCAUUCACAUAGAAAGAGUGCUAUUUCUGCCAUUGAUGUCAUGAAGACUUUGUUUUUUAUACUUGUCUGGUACACUUUCAGCACGAUUUUGACCCUGUACAAUAAAACUCUCUUAGGAGAUGAUUUGGGAAAGUUCCCAGCUCCUUUAUUGAUGAAUACAUUUCACUUUGCAAUGCAAGCUGUGUUAUCAACUGCUAUAACAUGGUUUUGGCCUCAAAGAUUUCAGCCCAGGGUAACUAUGUCAUGGAGGGAUUACUUCAUGAGAGGUAACUCUCUUGCUUUUAUAUCCUGUUCUUUUGUUUUACUCAACCAAUUUGGGUAUAAAUUCAAUUUUGGUGUAUUCGUUUAUGAAUUUUCAUGUCUUUUGUUGUUUUUCCUGAGUAACAUUGUAGUUUAUGUGGAAAUUGCCAGUGUAGAUAAGUUCCCUUAGCCUCUUUUCUUUUAU